AUGGAUCUCUCAAAGAUACCUAUUCAUGGCAAACUUGACCGAAGCCAUGAGUUGUACAUCGUACAGAUAAUCUUCCUCUCCGUGGCGGCGGUCUGCGUCCUCAUUCGAGGUUACAUCAAGUGCAUCGUCAUCAGGGCCAACUUGCUAGACGACUACCUCAUAUAUGGUGCUAUGCUUGCGUAUGCAGUUUACGCGGCCAUCAUUAUCGACGGUUCCUACAACGGCGCGACAGGAAAACACCCGAGCCUCGGCAUCAAACCCGAACAAGCCGCGAGAUCCCUCCGAGCCUGGUAUCUCUGCAUGGUGUUAUAUCCAUUCCUCGCCCUCACCAUUCGCGCCUCGGUCUGCGUCCUCCUCUUCCGCCUCACCCCGAAGCGAUGGCACCGGCUUGUCAUCUGGAUCAACCUCGUGUCCUCGGCCCUGUUCUCAACCGCCUUCUUUUUCGUUCUCGUCUUCCAGUGUAGCCCUCCGCGGUACUUCUGGAGGCAAGUCUACGGUGAGAAGGGAUAUUGCCACAAAAAGUUGAUCGUUACCUACGGGACGACGGUGUACAGCGUUCUUUCGGCUUUGUCGGAUUGGUGCUUGGGUCUUUUGCCUAUUGCGAUCCUCUGGUCGGUCCAGAUUAACCGCAGGACGAAGGCGGCUGUUGCGGGUCUUCUAGGUCUGGGUAUGAUCGCUGGCGUGGUCCUUAUCGUGCGCACAAAAUAUGUCACGCGCCUAGAACCCGGUGUCCUCUUCCUUUACGAGUCAAUUGAUGUUGCGAUUUGGUCGUUGAUGGAACCUUCACUGGGUAUUACCGCCGCCUGCGUUGCCACAUUCCGACCGCUGUUCAAGGGCUGCGGGUUCGGCUUGAGCACGCGGAGAAGAGGUCUCACAACUCAGUAUCAGGUUCCCAGACCGCGGGAUACUUUUGGCGCUAUCAAUCCUCGGGCAGCAGGUUUCGGCUCUACCUUUGGAGCCAUCACUAUGAAGACUGAUCACGACGGCGGAUCGGAGAGGGAACUUGCUAUUCUGAAGACUGUGCAAAUAGACGUCACGCCCGCGAGUGACGGGCCUCACAAGUCGUUAUCAUUGAGCCGAAGCCAAAGUACGUUUGGGAGGGAUUCAAAUGAAUUGCCCGGGAGGGCUCUAUCUUAUGAUGGAACGUAUCAAAUGGAACAGGAGGACAUGAAAGUGUAUAACAAUAAUAGGACAUCGGUUUAG